UGAAUUUUGAGAAUAUUCGGUCAGGUCAAAUACCCACAAAGUCUAGCCUUGAAUUCGAACACAUACUUGGACAGCGAUAGUAAACAUGGCCGAUUCGACGACCGCACUGGGAGGCAUCUCAGAUCCCGCCCUCAUUAAGCUUGUCAACCGGCUUCAGGAUGUCUUUACCACGGUUGGUGUCAACAAUCCGAUCGAUCUACCGCAAAUCGUUGUCGUUGGAAGUCAGUCUAGCGGCAAGAGUUCCGUACUAGAGAACAUUGUCGGUCGAGAUUUCUUACCUCGAGGAUCCGGUAUCGUAACAAGACGACCCCUCAUUCUACAACUUAUCAACCGACCUGCGACGGCUCAAACGAACGGGAAUAGUGAUGGAAUCGACAACACCACCGACAAGGCGGCUAACGCAGACGAGUGGGGAGAGUUCUUACAUAUCCCGGGCCAGAAGUUCUACGAUUUUAACAAGAUUCGGGAUGAAAUCAGCAGGGAGACGGAGGCCAAGGUCGGCCGCAAUGCAGGCAUCUCUCCUGCACCCAUCAACCUACGAGUUUACUCUCCCAAUGUCUUGACGUUGACGCUAGUCGAUUUGCCUGGUCUAACGAAAGUGCCUGUGGGUGAUCAGCCGAGGGAUAUCGAACGGCAAAUCAAAGACAUGGUCCUUAAAUAUAUCCAAAAGUCGAAUGCUAUCAUCUUGGCUGUCACCUCUGCCAACAUCGACUUAGCUAAUUCGGAUGGUCUAAAGCUUGCUAGAGAAGUAGAUGUCGAAGGACAGAGAACCAUCGGUGUUUUGACCAAGGUGGAUUUGAUGGACGAAGGCACAGAUGUGGUGGACAUUCUAGCUGGGCGCAUUAUUCCCCUUCGACUUGGAUACGUACCUGUUGUCAACAGAGGACAACGGGAUAUCGACAACAAGAAGCCUAUCUCUGCAUCGCUCGAAUCGGAGAAGAACUACUUCGAGAACCACAAGGCUUACCGGAACAAGAGCUCGUAUUGUGGUACUCCAUAUCUAGCGAGAAAGCUGAAUCUGAUUUUGAUGAUGCACAUCAAACAAACUCUACCUGAUAUCAAAGCUAGAAUUUCUAGUUCGCUGCAAAAGUACUCGGCCGAGCUCGAGAGUCUAGGUCCGUCAAUGUUGGGUAACAGCGCAAACAUCAUCUUGAACAUAAUCACCGAGUUUACGAACGAGUGGCGAACCGUUCUGGAAGGAAACAACGGCGAAUUAUCCAGCACGGAGCUGUCUGGUGGUGCCCGAAUUAGCUUCGUGUUCCACGAGUUGUAUUCGAAUGGUGUCAAAGCAGUGGAUCCCUUCGAUGUUGUCAAGGACGUUGACAUUCGAACGAUAUUGUACAACUCGUCUGGUUCCUCUCCUGCACUUUUCGUCGGGACAACCGCAUUCGAAGUCAUCGUCAAGCAACAGAUCAAGCGAUUAGAGGAGCCUAGUCUCAAGUGUGUCUCUCUCGUUUAUGACGAGUUAGUACGCAUAUUGACCCACCUUCUCACCAAAGCACUAUACAGGAGAUACCCGCAACUAAAGGAGAAAUUCCACAACGUAGUCAUCACUUUCUUCAAGAAGUCCAUGGAACCUACCAACAAGCUUGUCAGGGAUCUUGUCUCCAUGGAAUCUUGCUAUAUCAACACGGCUCAUCCCGACUUCCUUAAUGGGCAUCGAGCAAUGGCCAUAGUAAAUGAGCGAUACAACGGAGCGAAGCCGGUCCAAGUUGAUCCGAAGACCGGCAAACCCUUACCAGCAUCGGCUACAACUCCAGCUCGUGCUGCUAGUCCCUCUUUGGAUGGCAAUCUAGACAAUAACACGGGCUUUUUCGGAAGUUUCUUCGCUGCCAAGAACAAAAAGAAGGCUGCUGCCAUGGAGGCUCCUCCUCCGACGCUUAAGGCUUCCGGAACUCUCUCCGAAAGAGAGAAUAUUGAAGUCGAAGUUAUCAAGCUAUUGAUUGCUUCGUACUUCAACAUCGUUAAGAGAACCAUGAUCGACAUGGUCCCUAAGGCUAUCAUGCUGAACCUUGUCCAAUUCACAAAGGAUGAGAUGCAACGAGAACUACUAGAGAACAUGUACCGGAACGAGACUCUGGAUGAUCUAUUGAAGGAGAGCGACUACACUAUCCGCCGGCGAAAGGAAUGCCAGCAAAUGGUUGAGUCGCUUGGUAAGGCCAGCGAGAUUGUCAGCCAAGUUCAGUAAUGGAUGGAAUCAGUAUCAACCCUUGGGAAUCAGAUCUAUUUGAUCAGAUAGGCGAGGUGGUUACGGCGCCGAGCGUUGAGAAAGCACGCCGAGCCACCACCAUUGAGUGUAAUGCUUUGUUGGCAGUAAGAAUUGGGUCUUGUUGAGUACGCC